UAUGAGAUGGCAAUUUGGAAUCUCUAUAGUGAUCCAAUCCUUGCUGUUCCCAUUAUUUAAAUUAGUGAUAUUGAUUUCACAUCUCUAUAAAUAGAUCUCACGUUGAUCAAAAUUCUCAACAACACAUUAUUCCCAAAGCAAUCCCUUCUAUAAUCUUCUGUCUUUGAAAUAUCAGUUGCAAAUCACCCUUCCAAAUCAAUGGCCACAGCGGAGGUUGAAUCAGUUCCAGUAACAGUGCCAGAGACUGUUAAAACUGAUGAAGAAAAAAUUCAAGUGGCCGAUCAAGUGGAAAAGGUGGCAGCAGAACCACCAAAGGAACUCGCUGCAACUGAGGCUGAGCCACCGGCAGCUGAAGCCAAAACUGAAACUAAAGAGGCUGUGGAAGAACCUAAGGCUCAAGCUGAGACCAAGGAAGUUGCAGCACCUGUAGAAGAAGAAGAAAAAUUGCAUGUCCAAGAAAAGACGGAAGCAGCAGCUCCAGAGGAGAUAGAAGUUACUAACGAAGAAACCCCUGAAACCACCAUUGUGCCACCAGCUCAAGUGGAGGAAGAGGUGAAACCGGCUGAAGCUGUGGAGGAGGUUCGCACUGAAAUUCAAGUUGAGAAGACUGAGGAGUAAGAAGGUCGUGGUGAAUCAUUAUUGGUUCCUUUGUUUAUCUACGAGCUAAGAUUUUAAUAUUUUCUGUUGGGGUUUAAAAGCAGAAGUUAUAUUAAUCUGUCCUUUGGUUCAAGUUAGAAAAGUGAUGUAUUUUGAUGGAUUGUGAUCUUUGGCUUUGAAUAAUAAUAAAUUUGUAUUUUUGUUGUUGA